UGCUAGUACUCUGUACGCUGUUGAUGUCGUUUGUUUGCCUGUGGAUAUUUGCCUCCGUGAGACUACCCAGCGCGCUAAGAGCGAGAGAGGCACCAUUUCAAUAUCCGAGACAGAAUUUCAAGGAAAGCGUUACCCUAGCUCCUUAUUCGAAACCUACAACAACACACAACAUCAUCAGCAGAAGCAGUGAAUGGUUUCUGCAUGAUGACACCUACACAAAAUCGAAAUGCCCCAGUGCCCUCAGACGGAGUCCAGAAAACUUACCCCCUGAGCUAAAGUUUAUCGCGGACAUUCCCGUUCUGAUGUGGAACGAACACAUCAACCCAGAGGAGUACAACAGACUCAAACAGUUCGACAGGAGCUACGGUUGGAAAAGUGUCCCUUUCGAAGAUAUCACGAACAGCUUGAGGCACUUCGACACCGCUGCUCACCGGUACCUGUUCCCUGAUUGGUCGGCUGACCAUGACGUCUGCAUGACGUGUGCUGUGGUGGGGAACAGUGGGAUUCUGAGAGGAUCACAGAUGGGGAAAGAGAUCGACGGUCACAACUUCGUCUUCAGAGUCAAUGCCGCCAUUACGAGGGGUUUCGAAGAGGAUGUCGGGAAUAGAACGUCGUUCUAUUUCCACAACAUCAACACCAUGUUGAACGCCCAGAAGAAUUAUGGGAAAUACGGUUUUAUUCAACCACCGCAAAACAAGGACACCAUCUAUGUAUCUGUUAUUGCCGACGUAAGAGAGCAUCGGUAUUUCAACGCCGCCAUAAGUUGGAAACCGGUAAAAUCCGGAAGAGACAAGGGUAAAAAACCACCUACACAGUAUGGAGAAAAACCUGACAAGACGAAGUUUAGAAUGACGCAUCCUGAUUUCAUGCGGUACCUAAAGCUCUGCUGGUUUAAUGCCACCCGGCGGAGAGGGGUCAUGUUCCGGCCCACGACGGGCGCCGCCAUGUUGCUGACGGCCCUCCAUACCUGUGACGUCACGGACGCCUAUGGCUUCAUCACGGAGGACCAUGGGCUGUACAACGACCACUACUACGAACCAGAAAAACACGCGGUCAAGUUUCCGCCCAACCAUGAUUAUCAGUUAGAGAUAGAGUUAUGGGAUAAGCUGGACAAAGCUGGCGUUUUACAUCUGUAUAGGGGAAAAGGGCAUGCUAGUACGAAGUAAGUAAGUAUA